UUAUCGGAGUUCACAAAUGCAGUUGUUUCAUUAUUAUUAUGGGUAAUCUUUCGACUCGCUUUACAAAUUUUUUCUCAACCGAUCACAUCCUUGACCAGGAGACGAUCGCCACUUACGUGGAGUUAACGUAUUUGAACAAAGAUGAAAUACAGCACGUGAUCAAUUUGCUCGACAACGUGAAUCCUGGGAAACUUCGUCAGAAUCAUCAUUAUCGGUUCACCAUCGAGGAAAUCGAGACGAUAUUUCCGCAACUUCGAUGCAGUCCAUUUCGUGACUCUAUAUAUCGAGUAUUCUCUUCGAAGAAAGACGAACGAUUGAGCUUGGAGGAUGUUCUGGACUUGUGCUCGGUCUUCUCCGAAUAUUGCCCCGACAAUGUUCGCGCCACUUGGGCGUUUUACGUGUUUGAUUUGAACGGCGACGGUGAAAUCUCGUCGAACGAUUUAAUCGAAAUUGUGCAGAAACUGAUGUGGCCUCACCAGAACGAUUCGACCGAGGCAGAACACGUCGCGGGAAUAAUACUUCAAGAGAUGGUGUUCAAUCGGCAGGGAAGCAUUUCCUGCGAAGAAUUUAUACGUUUCUCCUCGAGAAUUUCAGAAUUCUGGUCAUCGUUUCGCUUUAAAAUUUAAUUACGCUUACAUCACGAUAAUUUAUUUCUGUAAUUUCGAUAUUCGUAUCAAAGCAAACGAAUAAUUUUAUACCUGGAAUUUCGUACGCGUCCAUAUCACGUAUUACAUAAUUAACUAACAAUUAUGUAACAGUUUCAAAAAGGUAUUGUCGCGAAUUAAUUCCAUUCGAAUCGAGAUUAUUCAUUCAUUUUUGACACAAGGAUGGGUCCAUUCACCGAUCGAUGCGAAUUUUUCGAGAAAACUUUUUUCCAAAAAACAUUUUACACCUUAUACCUUUUCCCCUAUUGGCAAUCGUCCACAUCUAGGACGUGAAAACAGCCUUUCGAAUUUGAGAACGAAAAAAUAUUUUUCUUUAAUAUCUCGUCAACUAUUCGACCUACGAAAAUUGUAUAUUUUUUUCAAUGAUAAAUAUAACUGUGUAUAUUUUUAAAA